AUGGCGUCUAGUACGUCAAGCCCGAACAACCAUUUCCUGUCGUUCCUUCUGUCUAGGUUCUCCGACAGAUCUGUAGCGUCAACUAGGCGCGUUUUCUUUCGGCUUGCCGACCGCCACGUUCGGUCAUCUGUAGUCACCGGCGACGAGGGGCCUCUCGAAUGGGACGAGAUCACCGACCGUGCCCUUGAGGAGCAUCUCCUAGCUUUCCGAGGGUACUUUGAACGUGAGCUGCGGUCGAGAGGUGUUAAAGAUAAGGAGGUUGUUCCACUAUGGCUCACCGGAAGAAGAUACGAAGAUAUGCUCGCCAUCUUCUCCAUCUCGUUAGCAGGUUUCGUUCCAAAAGUGAUCAGCACGUUGUACACUGCGUCUUCUGUCGUCGAGAUGCUAUCUCCCAACGAUAACUCGGCCACGGUCGUCGUCUCCGAUCCAGCGGUCACACAGAUGGCUCGGGAAUCCUUGGCGGGUAAGCAGACCCAGUAUACUUUGGUAGAGCUGCCCGAUCUCUCGGCCCUUCCACCGGUUCCCGAGAGCGCCAGCAUUCGUGAUAACUUCCCAUCGGUGUUCAGUGCAGACGCCGCUGCAAUCUACCACUCUUCAGGAACGACUUCGUUGAGCGCGCCCAAGUCCAUCAUCAUCUCUCACGCCUCGCUUCUCAACAACGCCCUGCAUAAGAUGCCUUCCUGUGCUUUCCAAGGCAGCUAUGAUAGCCAAGAAGUCGUCAAUACGUUCUCCAACAUGGCGUUAGUAGCAACCGUCCUCAUUGAGACGGCAGCGAUAGCCCACGGAGCGUGUGUCGUCCAUGCUCCGUUCUUCAGAGACGUGACACCGGAUGAAGUUCUCCUAAUGGUCAAGAACUGCGGACUGAACCGCAUCAUCAUGUUCGGCAACAGUAUGACCAAACAUCUAAGCGCUGCAAGGAAUAACGAAACGCUCUGGAAUACUCUCAAAGCAAUGCGGCAGGUGACUUACUGUGGUAUCGCAAUCAGUGAUGAGGAAGAUCGGUACGCUCGAAAGAAUGGCCUACCAAUGACGACUUUCUACGGUAGCACGGAACUCGGGCCACAGUUGACAUCCGUCAUAGGCACUGAAGAGAACGACAUGCUCGUGAGGAAAGCCGCAGGCGCUACGACCGAGUUCGUCGUACCAAAGGAUAUGGAGCUUGAGUCUUCGCAAGCACAGCUAUACGAGGCCGUAGUGUCCGCCUCGUCACCCGAAGCACCACACCACACGUUCAUACGUGCUGACGGCUAUUAUCAUACUGAUGACUUGUUCGAUCAGCCGGCCCCCGGUCUGUACCGUUGGCGUGGUCGGACUGGUGACUUCAUCAAGCAAGCCGAAGGGUACCCUUUGUUCUUGAACGCAAAGCACAUAGAAGAGAACGUGCAAAUAAUAUGUUCCGACUUUGUCACGGGUGCUGCAGUGGUCGCCGCCCCAUUAGGGCUCCCCUGUUUGAUCGUGGAGGCCGGCAGCGCAGGCAGAGACGUUGAUAAAGAAGGCAUUAAGCGACGCGUCCUAGAGAGAAUCACCCCAUUCAAUGCCACACUCAUGGCUCACGAGCGGUUUACUGAUUCACGGCUCUUGCUCGUCGUUGACGAGGGCACUAUCCCUAAGAAUAAAAUGAAAGGAAAUGUCAGGCGCCCAGCCACAGCAGCAGCGUUCAAGAUGGAGCUUCUGGCCCUCGAACGCGCGUUUAGAGAAUACCGGAAGGUAAAUGGGGCAAACGGAGGAUACAACUGA